GCAUUAAAAACGAAAAGGAACAAGCAAUUCAAACGUACAUAGCGGGUGUCCUGUCUCUCGUUUCACCCACAGUCAAACGUUACAUUCCUAUAUUGAGGGGGGUCACCCUGUAUGGGUCAGCAGUAAGGAAUUAAGUAUAAAAGAAACAGCAUUCCGACAAGCGCCCGCAGUCUUUUCCACAUUUAACAGAGUGCUGGUAUCGUCGAGGUGUUGUUUAAUUUUGAUAGAAAUAUGAAUUUUCUAAUAGUGCUGGUGCUCAUAGCAACAUUUUCUAAUAUUAUCGGUGGGACCCCAACGCCGACCAUUGCUAAUGAUGAGUUAAUGGAUGGAAAAUAUUUAUGUGAAGGCCUUUCAGCUCUAAGGUUUUAUGACAAUACCUACAACAAUCUCAACAAUGGUUAUGUUAAGACAGAGAUUACCAGCACAUCAGCUUUUCUUAACGAGUUUUACAAUAUGUUUCUGAAGACUUUGAGCAUGUUUAGGCAGUCUCUAGGAAGAAAGCUAACUACUAACAGAAUUCCCGAAGAAAUAGCAGCAAUUUUUGCUAAACGAAACUUAGACAGCAUUGCAGGAGGUCAUCUAAUUAAAAGGACUCAGGACAACAAAUCAAUGACCGACUAAAUAUGGAAAGCGAAUGGCGACAGCAUCCUUCAAAUGUUAUAUCAUAGUCCUAAGUCAAGCGUAUUUUAUUCAUAGAUACUUUUAAUUUGUAAAUAAAAGCUAUCAAUAUUAACUGUUUCAUAGCCAAAUUAUGCUAUAUCUGAUCAAAAUGCUUUAUAUGUAUCUACUUAUGUACAUAUGUAUGUAUAUACACAUAUUUUAAAGGAAAAUAAGAAAUCAACUAUAA